CUUCACAUGCCAGAAGUCUGCGCGGCACGUGUCCGAGGCUCCGCUCGCUUGCGCCUGCCGCCAGCCCCCGAGCUACCCCGGAUUGUCCGUCGCCUCAUCUCCUGCAUGUCACCCGCCGUGGAUGACAUGCCCGCAGACCGCCGCACCGCGAGUCUGGCGCCCUGGCCCACCGUGCAAUUCCCGUGCAGCCCCGUGGUCGCCGUGAGCCCGCUGCCCCCUUCUGUCCCUAUUGCCUGCUCCAUCGAGUCUCUGCUCCGUCCGCGCGCGAGGCCAUGCCUGCGGGUGCCCACCACCUCGGCCUAGCCUCCACCGCUGCCUCCCCCGCUGCCUCCGCUGCCAGCCCUUAAGCUGCCCCUGCGCCGUCGCUGUCUGCAUUGCCGUCGCUGGACACUCGAGCCGCUGCCAUGCGCGCAAUGCGUCCGCCUCCGCCUGCACUGCGCCUGGCGAAACCCCUCGCGACUGCGUAUGCCCUCGGCCUGUUGUCGAGCACUAGUCCGCGUCUGGCGAGGAUCCUGGUGUUGUUUGGCCGCGGGAAGUUGACUGUGCGUGCGGCAUGGCUGCAGUCAAUCUACACACUUCGCGAAGCCCUGGCCCUCCACCGCUUCCCCACAUUCUGUGCGGUCCUCAUCGGCGGCUCGACCCUCCUGCAGAUCCCCAUCAAGGCUGUCCUCAACACCCUCAUCCGCCUCACCUCCCGGCCUGACCAUGGACUCGCCCGCGUGCUGGCCAGGUUUCUCGCAGCCCUCGUCUCGGCAUCGGCCGCGUUCAGGCUGCUCAACAGUGCCCCCGUCAAAUACGACGCCUUGAACGCGAACCCACCACCAGUGCUCAACCGCUUCGCGCCAGGCCCCUUCGACGAACCGCCAGAAGACCCAGCAGAGGUGACCGCUCUGUCGCGCCCCGCCCUCGCCGGCCGCACCAUGGACCUCACCCUCUUCACCGCCGUCCGCGCCCUCGACGUCCUCGUCACCUCGCACCCCAGCCUCCGCAAUGCCACCCGCCACCUCCCCGUCCCGCUCUUCUGCUUCUCCGCCGCCACCAUCAUGUGGGCGUGGUUCUACACCCCCAGCCGCCUGCCGCGCAGCUACACCGCGUGGAUCGCCGCCGCCGCCGAGCUGGACCCGCGCCUCGUCCUCGCCCUGCGCCACGCCCGCUACGGCUCCUUCGUCUACGGCAAGGACACGGGCAUGGCCCCGCUCCUCGGCUCGCUGGCCGCCGACAACGGCCUGCCCGAAGCCCUCGGCGACCCCGCAAAAACAAUCCCUAUCCCCUGCCAACUCAUCCACGCCGGCGCCACCAAGAGCUGCGAACUCCACGCCCUGCGCCGCUUCGCCCGCGCCUGGCUCGUCGCCGCCCGCGCCUACACCCCUCUAUACCUCCUCGCCCUCGCCCUGCGCGUCUACAAAUCCCGCGGCGCCCGCCUCCAAACCCUGACACGAAGUCUCCCCCACGCCCUGCAAACCGCCGCCCACCGCUCAGCAACCCUCGCCCUCUUCACCGCCCUCUUCCACUACGCCGUCUGCCUCUCGCGCACCCGCCUGGGCCCGCGCUUCUUCCCCGCCACGUCCCCGCAGACCUGGGACGCCGGGCGCGCCGUGCUAGCGGGUUGUGUGGCGUGCGGGCUCAGCGUGCUGGUCGAGGCGCCUGCAAGGCGCGGGGAGUUGGCGCUCGUGGUGCUGCCGCGCGCCGCCGGCGUGUGGUUUCCGAGGAGGUAUGAGGUGGGGAAGAAGAGGUGGGAGGAGGGGGUUUUUGUGGGCGCGGCGGCGGUGGUGGUUACGGCGGCGCAGGAGGGGAGGGGGAGGGUGAGGGGGGUGUUUGGGAGGGUGGUGCGGGGGGUGUUGGAUGUGUAGGCUGUAGCAUGGGAUAGUCACGCCAGAUGCACAGCAUACACAGGUACUCUGUGAUACAGUGC